AUAUCUUUUCAUCACGACUUUUACAUGUAUAUUGGCUGAAAUGUCUAUAUGUCUGUAUUUAUAUGACUCAAACAACAUAAAGAGAUGUCCUGAAACCCUGAAAGUCCAAAACCAUAAAAUAUUUCAGACCCCUGCUCUCUCCUAUCCCUUCCAUCUUUUUUUCCCUUGAUUCUUUUGUUAUUCGUCUUCUUGAUCGAUCUCUCCAUGUCGGAUCAUGGAUUCAGAGACUUUUGCUACCAUGGGGGUGCAUUCAACAAUAUUGAUCAUGAUCAGCAAAGUUAUGGUGGUGAAACUGAUCACAUGUACAGGGUUUCAUCGUCCUCCAUUGAUCCUUCCUACAUGAGCUUCACCGAUUGCUUACACAGUACUUCCAUGGACUACGGUUCACUUGAGAAAGCUUUCGGUCUGUCACCUACGUCGUCGGAAGUGUUUUCUUCCGUCGAAGGCGGCAAUCGGACAAUGAUGAAGCAGCACGUUGGGGCGGAUGAAUUAGGAGGCAAUACCGGUGAAGUUACGGCGACUCUUAAUUCUUAUGUUUCUUCUUCAUCAAGUGAGGCUGGUUGCGAAGAAGAUUCAGACAAGAGUAAGAAAGAUGGGCAGCCAAAAGGAUCGGACGAUGGCGGUGAAAGCUCAAAGAAAGGAAACAAAGCGAAAAUGAAAGGGGAGAAGAAGCAAAGAGAACCACGAUUUGCUUUCGUAACUAAAAGUGAAGUUGAUCAGUUAGAAGACGGGUAUAGAUGGAGAAAAUAUGGACAAAAAGCUGUGAAAAACAGUCCAUACCCGAGAAGCUACUACAGGUGCACUACUCAGAAGUGCACGGUGAAGAAAAGAGUAGAGAGGUCAUUCCAGGAUCCGUCCACUGUGAUCACAACAUACGAAGGUCAACACAACCACCCACUUCCGACAACACUGAGGGGAAGCGCAGCUGGGUUGUUCCCACCUUCCAUGUUAACCCCAUCGCCACUGGGGAGACCAAGCUUCCCGCACGAGUUGCUCAUGCAGAUGCCUAGCUAUCAUCAUCAGAUGAAUAACCAAGCACCCGCUGGUUCAAUGUUUGCCGAAAACUUUAGCCCUUUUCAUCAGUACGUCCAUCAACACCAGGUUCCUGACUAUGGACUUCUUCAAGACAUGGUUCCUUCCACGUUCCUUAAACAUGAACCAUGAGUCUCCACUCGCUUAAUUACAUCAUCUUUUUACGCCUUGUGUGUGUACAUAUUUAUAUUAUAUAUUUAGGAUUUAACUACUUUUUCAUCAAAUUGAACUUCUCUCUAGAGCCUAUGAAUUAUUAUUCAAUUACUGGUCUCGAAAGGCCUAACAUUCAAGGACUAGAUGGGGAGUAGGAUUUCUUCUUUUUUUUUUAUUCUUCUUGAAACUUGGUUUUGAGUCUGUAACAAACAUUUAGAGGUAAAAGCUUCUUUGAUAGGGGGGAUGUGGAGGUGAAGGUCAGAUAUAAUAUGGUUGAUUUUUGAAGAACAAGAAACCUAGUAUUAAGAGGAUUUGCAGGCUUGUAAUACUGGAUUAAUUAAACUGCAUUUUAUAUGCGUAGUUGUAUUAUAUAUCAUUAUCCUUGAUGGCAUUAUUAGUGAAGAAUUUGAGCAUUACAUAUA